UUAUCCCAACUUUGUGGAACCGUUCUACGCUCUAAGAAAAUCUGGCUUCGUUUCCCACUUCAUGUUGCAGAUUACCGAAACCGUUAACCAGCCGGAGGUUAAGGACGAGCCGAUCGAUAAGCGUAAAUGUAGAUUUCCCGAGGAACGGCUCUCGCCCGCACUGGAGUACAGCUUUUCGCAAUGCUUUCUGUACAAUCGAAUAAAUUUGGAGCUGAAGUUGUGCAACUGUACCAUUCCCACUUCACCCAAAGAGUAUGAAAACUUUUACUGCGAUUUUAAAGGUCUGCUCUGCAUCAAUAAGGCAAACGUCAAACAAUUAACGAAACACGUGCACACUGUACACAAAGAUCGUUCGUGCAUGCAAGCGUGCGAAUCGCUGGAAACUCACGUGAUUGGUGAAACUUACAACCCUACCAAUGUAAGCUCCGAACCGGGAAAAGUGAUCCUGGAAGUGUUGAAUCUUCCCAUUUUCCGCUACCAAAGACGUGUCAUUAGAAAUAAACUUGAUUUUGUUGUUUCUUUAGGUGGCAUAGGCGGUUUAUUCUUCGGCGUGUCGUUGAUAAGCAUCAUUGAGCUGGUGUACAACAUGUUCUUCAGGCCGUAUCACCUCAAAAUAAAGUUUACCGCUCAAUAAUAUCUGAAAAGCCAGAAAUAAUAAAUGCUUCGAAAUAUUUU